AAUGAGAGAAAAAUAAUGAAAGAUGAUCAAGUUCCUGUUUUACAGUAAUGUUAAAUUAAAUAUUUAAAAAGUAUUUCAUUGUGUUCUGUGAUUUAAACACUACUACGCUACUUUUGUAUGUGUUCUUUUAUCAUUAGUUCUAUUUGGACGAUAUAUAUACCAAAACUAAUUGAAGUCAAAAUAUGUUGUGCGACCCAAUAAAUUGACAAUGAGUUACCAAGACGAGUCUAACUGUUAUGUGGGAUCCUUUCCAAAAGAUUUCAGUUAUGGUCCAUUUGAACAGAAUGGAGACGAUGACAAUACGUCAUUGCAAGAGGAUCAUAAACCUCGAAUACUGCUCAUGGGUUUGAGGAGAUCAGGAAAGUCAUCUAUCCAAAAGGUGGUGUUUCAUAAGAUGUCACCAAAUGAAACUUUGUUUUUAGAAUCAACCAACAAAAUUGUUAAAGAUGAUAUCAAUAACAGUAGUUUUGUGCAAUUUCAAAUAUGGGAUUUUCCUGGACAAAUUGAUUUUUUUGAUCCAACGUUUGAUUCCGAUACCAUUUUUGGUGGAUGUGGAGCAUUGGUUUUUGUCAUAGACGCUCAGGAUGACUACCAAGAUGCUUUGGAUAAAUUGCAACAAACAGUAACCAAAGCUUAUAGAGUUAAUAAUAAUAUCAAGUUUGAAGUGUUCAUCCACAAGGUUGAUGGUUUGAAUGAUGAUUAUAAAAUGGAGUCACAGAGAGAUAUCCAUCACAGGGCAAACGACGAUCUAGCUGAGGCUGGAUUAGAACAUGUACAUCUAUCUUUCCACUUAACUUCAAUAUAUGAUCAUUCUAUAUUUGAAGCUUUUAGUAAAGUGGUGCAGAAGUUGAUACCACAACUACCAACUUUAGAGAAUCUUCUCAAUAUUCUUAUUUCUAACUCUGGAAUUGAAAAAGCAUUUCUAUUUGAUGUCGUAUCUAAAAUAUAUAUAGCAACUGACAGUUCCCCUGUAGAUAUGCAAAGUUACGAACUCUGUUGUGACAUGAUCGAUGUUGUUAUUGAUAUAUCAUGCAUCUAUGGAAUGGUUGAUGAAACUGUAGAAAUCAACACAUUUAACAAUCAAAGUUCAAGCUUGAUUAAAUUAAACAAUGGAACUGUACUAUACCUCCGUGAAGUAAAUAAGUUCCUGGCACUUGUCUGCAUAUUGAGAGAAGAAAAUUUUCAAAAACAAGGUGUGAUAGACUACAAUUUUUUAUGUUUCCGUGAUGCUAUUACCCAAGUGUUUGAACUAAGAAAUAAGUGUCAAAAUGCUUUGUCCAUACCAAGGACAAGAUCGGACUCACCAGAGGCGCAAACUAACGGCGCUGCAGAAUCUGUUGAAAGCACCUCGGACAGAUCCCAGGCACAAGUACCAUAGCAUAUAUAAUGUAUAUUUAUAUCUUAACCAUAUCUUACCCAAUUUAAAAAAAAAUGUAAAUUUAUAUACUAUUCGUUGAAGGCUGCAAUGUGAAUAUAAUUAAUAAAGUAUAUAUGUAACUGUUUUUAUAAA